GUUUCGAUAUCAGCGAAAAAACAUAUCUCGCGUUGAUCGAGCGACUAGAACAAAGAUGUAACGAACCCGACGUUACAGUUACAUUGCUAACGGAUCGAAAAUGUUGAAACAGUCCGUUACCGAUACCGAAGCGGCCGUGCGGCACUCGUAGCGGCUGGUAAGCAGGAAGCGAAGCAGAAACUGAACUUGCGAGAGCAUAUUAUUGAUCGGAGGGCCACUAGUGCGCCAGCGCAACGCAAUCCUAAAGGGCAAAACAGUAGCAAUAUCUACCCUCGUUCACGUUUCGUGUGCAGUGUUCUAGUGCCGUUCCAUCGUCCAUCCGGCGCUUUUACUCUGACGCUUGGCAAAGUGUCGUCGCGCGUGGCUAACAUGUCCGGUGACAGGGACUAUAUCGGAUUCGCAACACUGCCAGAGCAAGUGCACAGAAAAUCGGUUAAGAGGGGAUUCGAGUUCACCCUGAUGGUGUUGGGCGAGAGUGGUCUUGGAAAGUCUACCUUGAUAAACAGUCUGUUCCUCGGGGAUCUUUACAAAGACCGACGAAACCUCGAUGCCGCUGAACGCAUUGAAAAGACGACGACGAUAGAAAAGAAGACGAUGGACAUCGAAGAGCGCGGGGUCAGGCUACGUUUAACAAUCGUCGACACACCUGGAUUUGGCGACGCGGUGAACUGCGAGGACACUUGGAAAGCGUGUUCAGCCUAUAUCGACGACCAAUUUCGGCAAUACUUCACGGACGAGAGCGGGUUAAAUAGGAAGAAUAUCCAAGACAACCGAGUACAUUGCUGUUUAUAUUUCAUACCUCCUUAUGGUCACGGACUCCGACAAAUUGAUCUGGAGGUGUUAAAACGGCUGCAUCGCAAAGUGAAUGUGGUGCCUGUAAUUGCCAAGGCAGACACGUUGACUACUUACGAGGUGAAGAUGUUGAAAGACCGAAUACUUGCCGACAUCGAGGAACACGAAAUUCAGAUAUAUCAAUUCCCGGACUGCGACAGCGACGAGGAUGAGGAAUUCAAGCAACAAGACAAAGAGCUUAAGGCGUGCAUCCCGUUCGCUGUGGUUGGUAGCUCAACGGUGCUCGAAGUCGCAGGGAAAAAGGUCCGCGGUCGCCAGUAUCCCUGGGGAGUGGUAGAAGUGGAGAACCCGAAGCACAGUGAUUUCGUGAAAUUAAGGACAAUGCUGAUAUCGACGCACAUGCAAGAUCUGAAAGACGUGACGCAGGACGUGCAUUACGAGAAUUUCCGGGCACAAUGCAUUUCACAAAUUUCACAGCAAGCCAUUCGGGAACGGAGGUAUUUACGCAUUAAACUGAAAAGGGACUCGGGCCCGCACUUUGAAAACAGUAUAUCCGAUACGGACAGGCUACUUCUGCAGAAAGAUGAAGAGAUACGAAGAAUGCAAGACAUGCUGGCACAAAUGCAAGAGAAGUUGAAAGCCACGGGUCAAGUUGGUCCUGGAAUUGGCCUGAGAGGACGAGUCGGUAGCCUUGGGAACGAUCUGGACUCUACGGACGUCGAAAAGAAACGCAACAGUAUUAUAGAUGUUUGAACUUCCCAAGCAUCACGAUAUUACACAUUAACAUUGUCAUUAUCGUAUUUAAUUAUGUUUAAUUUAAUUCUACGUGAAUACGCACAAAACCAUCCAAUGCGUUGAAAAGGAGACCGAGAGAUUUUAUAUGCUCCUGUAUAAACGAUUCGUUGUUAUAUUAGUAAUUCGAAAUUAUCGAAUAAUUCAGAAUCAAUUGAUUAAUUAGAGGAGUUUUUAUCAGUCGUGUUUACCAACGAGUUUUCACUUUUAUAUGCAUAAUACGUAGUUGCUU